AUUAAUAUUCAAUAUUCUUUUUUCUUUUUUUCUGGCUCCUUUGGCCUCUGUUCUGUGUUCAGUCUUCAACCACCUCAACACAUAGACGACGCGCCACUUGUUUUUGCUCCAAACCGCCCUCUGAUUCCCGAACCCAAUGACUUCUCCGCUGGUGGCGGAGGGCGCCGCCGUCACGGCGUUCCGAUCGGUGAUGCUCCGGGUGCAGCAGGCGGCGGAGAGAUCCGGGUCCAAACCCGACCGGGUCCGGGUCGUGGCGGUUUCCAAGACGAAACCCGUCACUCUGAUUCAACAACUCUACGACGCCGGUCACCGACACUUCGGCGAAAACUACGUCCAAGAAAUCAUCGAAAAAGCUCCUCAGCUUCCCCCAGACGUUGAGUGGCAUUUCAUUGGGCAUUUGCAAAGCAACAAAGUCAAAACACUUUUGGGUGGAGUUCCAAAUCUGGCCAUGGUUGAGAGUGUGGACAAUCAGAAGAUAGCAAAUAAUCUUGACCGCAUGGUAUCAACCCUUGGAAGAAAUCCUCUGAAGGUUUUGGUGCAAGUAAAUACGAGUGGAGAAGAAUCCAAAUCUGGUAUUGAUCCUUCCGAUUGUGUUGAGCUUGCAAAACAUGUGAAAUUGAGCUGCCCAAACCUAGUGUUCUCUGGCCUAAUGACAAUAGGAAUGCCAGACUAUACCUCAACUCCACAGAACUUUCAGACACUAUCAAAUUGCAGAACUGAAGUAUGCAAGGCACUUGAAAUGCCCGAGGAGGAAUGUGAACUGUCAAUGGGCAUGUCUGGUGAUUUUGAGUUAGCGAUUGAAAUGGGUAGUACCAAUGUAAGAAUUGGAUCCACAAUAUUUGGACCGAGGGAGUAUGCAAAGAAACAGUAAUAGCAAGAAGUUGUAAUCUCUCCCCCCCUCUCUCUCCUUUUUUCUCUCUCUGUCUAUCUAUCUAUAUACUGACUGUAUACCUUAACACAGAUAAUGUAUUGUAUUCAUUUACCUUUGUAAUUGAUACGAUGGAAUUGGUAAUAAUAAAGUUCAUAGUUGGUCUCUACAAAAAAAAAAAAAACAGCAAAA